UGGCUAUUUUGCAACACAUGAUCUUAUCUCAUAUCUUUCAUCUAACAUUUUCUCACCACACGUUCCUCAACUUGGCAAUCACAAUUCGAUCUUUAGCUUUUCAGAUUUUCUGUCCGCCCAACAUGUAUACUAACUGAAAUAAAAUUGUGAUUAAAAGUUCAGCCAUAAUUUUAACUAAAUUUUGAGCGAGGGAGUUGCAGCCAUGGCCACCCACUCAGCUCUGGCUCCUUCAAGAAUCUCAGCUAACACAAGACUAACCUCAUCUAAGAGCUCUCACUUAUUCCCCACUCAAUGCCUUUCUAAGAGAGUAGAAUUUGCAGAGUUCUCUGGGCUUCGAACCACUGGAUUUGUGUCCUAUGGAAAGAAUGCUAGGGAUGCAGUGGCUGCCCAACUCACAACCAAGACUGCAGGAUCCACGUCCACCCGUUUCAAGCCAGUGGCCAAAUUGAAGGUGGCUAUUAAUGGUUUCGGACGCAUUGGCAGGAACUUCCUCCGAUGCUGGCACGGUCGGGAAAACUCACCACUUGAAGUGAUCGUGGUUAAUGACAGUGGUGGUGUCAAGAAUGCAUCUCACUUGUUGAAGUACGAUUCGAUGCUUGGCAUUUUCAAAGCAGAUGUGAAGAUAGUGGACAAUGAAACCAUCAGUGUUGAUGGUAAGCUCAUCAAAGUUGUCUCUAAUAGAGACCCUUUGAAGCUCCCCUGGGCUGAACUAGGCAUUGACAUUGUAAUUGAGGGAACCGGUGUGUUUGUGGAUGGUCCGGGGGCUGGGAAGCACAUCCAAGCUGGUGCCAAGAAAGUUAUCAUCACUGCUCCAGCAAAAGGUGCUGACAUUCCCACUUAUGUUGUUGGAGUAAAUGAAGGAGACUAUGACCAUGACGUUGCCAACAUUGUGAGCAAUGCUUCUUGCACCACAAACUGUUUGGCUCCUUUCGUUAAAGUAUUGGAUGAAGAAUUUGGUAUUGUCAAGGGAACCAUGACAACCACUCAUUCCUACACUGGUGAUCAGAGACUUUUAGAUGCUUCACACAGGGACUUGAGGCGAGCCAGAGCUGCAGCUCUUAACAUAGUCCCUACGAGUACAGGUGCAGCCAAGGCAGUGUCUCUAGUGCUUCCACAGCUCAAGGGAAAGCUAAACGGUAUUGCUCUCCGGGUGCCGACACCUAAUGUAUCUGUGGUUGACCUAGUCAUAAACGUCGCAAAGAAAGGGAUCUCUGCUGAAGACGUCAAUGCGGCCUUUAGAAAGGCUGCUGAGGGGCCGUUGAAAGGCAUACUGGCCGUGUGUGAUGUUCCUCUUGUGUCGGUGGACUUCAGGUGCAGUGAUGUUUCCUCCACCAUUGAUUCGUCAUUGACAAUGGUAAUGGGAGAUGACAUGGUAAAGGUGGUGGCCUGGUAUGACAAUGAAUGGGGAUACAGCCAACGGGUUGUUGAUUUGGCACAUCUGGUAGCGAGCAAGUGGCCGGGCCUGCCUACACAAGCAAGUGGAGAUCCGUUGGAGGACUUUUGCAAAACAAGCCCCAGUGAUGAAGAGUGCAAGGUUUAUGAAGCCUAAACCGUUUGCAUUUUGUGAACUUAUUUUUUCUUUCAACUAUUAUUGCACUUAAUCAAUCAAUAAUGGUACUUGUCUUAAUGGCAACUGCGCAGAGGAGAUAGAUUUGUGAAUAUUAACUCGAAAUAUUGCUUCAUGCUACCUCUGAAAUGUCCCAGUGAAAUAAUGUAUGUAUAGUUUAUGUUUAAGGGUA